CUAAUUGCCGAAUGCAAUGCACAAAAGGGUCACAUGGAGCAGAAGGAGCGUCUCGUCACUUUAUCAAGCCAGUUGGAGUUUAAGAGCAAUCUCAGAGCUGUUGGCACAGGCAGUCGGGAGUUGGUUAAAGAGGGGAACCUGCGACUGCUGGACACAUCAAACUUGCCAAAUGCUGCCUUUAGGAGGAAAUUGUCUGAGGCUAUUAAAAACAAGCCCGUUCAAAUCACACUCUUCUUAUUCACCGACAUUCUCUUGGUUGCGAAGAGGAAGGGAGAAAAGUAUUUCGUUGAGGACAUCAGUCCGGUGGAUGAUCUGAGAGUCACGAUUGAGGCUCCGCCGGAGGACGAUAUGAUUAAGAGGACGGAGCUAAAAACGAAGGCCAACCCUGACGAUCCCUUCUAUAUCGUGCCCAACAUUCGGCCGGACCGCUCCGUCUCGGUGCGCCAGUCACGUGAAGUGUCGAUGACGCGACAAGGAGUCCACUUCCGCGAGCGUUCUCGCUCCCGCGGUGGCUCCACUCGCCAGCUUGCUGGCAUCGGUGCAACUAGCAUUGCCAGAAACUCCUCCAUUGGAAGCAGUAGCGGAGCUGCUGAAGGCGCUAUAAGCUAUAUCGGUUACCCCUUCAUACUAACUUUCCAAUCUACUGACUUCACCAUUGUGGACUACCACUUCCUAUGCGAUACUCUCUCUCAACGCGAGCGAUGGGUCGACGCGCUACAGCCCGACUACUAUAGUGUUCCAUCGGAAAUAAGCUAUGAUACUUGGGAUUGCCCGCAAGUCAUUGCAACCGUCAGUUACGGAGCGACAGAGCGAGACGAGCUCGAUGUCAAAGAAGGCGAUUUGAUGAACGUCAUCGUAGAGCUAUCAGACGGUAGGUUGCUUUGCGAACCACAUUAA